ACUUCCUAGAUUGAAGAUGUAUUCAUUUUUUGACCUAACUCGCAAACUUCUAUAAGGAAGGAACACCCCGACCCACAUGACAACCAUUGUCCAAUGGGAACACACAUCCCUAGGAUCAUCUCUCAGUUUAGAAUAGAGGGAGAAGCAACAGCGGACAACGCAUAGGGAGGUUGAUUGAAAGACAAGAGGAGAGAUGUGUAGGAAAAAAGUAGUUUACAUCCAUUUGUAACUGUAAUAUAAACGGACAAGUAGCUGGAUUAAUAUAGUCGUGGAGUUUGAGCAAUCGAGUCACGUCAACGCUACGUGUUGCGGACUCUCCCCUUCCCACCACCACACCUCCCUGCUCCUCCUUACACCCCUCCAGAAACUCCACUCCCCAUCUUAAAGAUGGAGCUGCAACAUACCCACUGUGUGACCUGCCUGAGUCAGCGGUGCAUGACCAGGCCUGAACCAGGUAUCUCCUGUGACCUGGUCACCUGCCCCUUGGUCUGCGGGGCCAUCUUCCACACCUGCAAAGGACCCGAGCACCGCCUCCUCUGCCCCCUGGAGAGGGUGCCCUGCCUGAACAGUGGCUUUGGCUGCCCUGCCACCCUGGUGCGGACCCGGAUUCCCGCGCACCUGGAAGUGUGCCCAGCGGGCGUGGUGUGCUGCACCAUGGAGUGGAACAGGUGGCCGAUCAGCUGCCUGGACUACACCUCAUACGAGAGCCUGAGCUGGGGGGUGGAGGAGACAGAGCAGCUGGACAUGGCGCUCGCUCUGCAGGACCAACACACGCUGAUCGAGUCCCUCAAGGUGGUCGCCAUGGCGCCCACGGUCGAAAGACAGCCAACGGUUGUCGCCGUAGAGAGCGAGAAGGACACUGCUUCGGACUCAGCUGUGCUGGUGGUGGCCGACCCAAUAGCUGCCACUUCUGAGUCACCGCCACCGUUGACGCCGCAGUCACCGCCACCGUUGACGCCGCAGUCACCGCCACCGUUGACGCCGCAGUCACCGCCACCGUUGACGCCGCAGUCACCGCCACCGUUGACGCCGCAGUCACCGCCACCGUUGACGCCGCAGUCACCGCCACCGUUGACACCACUGCUGGGCUCAGCAAAGGAUAAAAUUGCCAACGGAAUAAAUGGUUUGAACGAGGAGCGGUAUAGCAAGCUGUACGAGGCCACAGUGGAGACGGCGAGGAGCCUUGCCGCCGCGUUGGACGUCCUCAGCAGCGCUAACAACACCUCUGACAACAACACAGAGCAACACAUCAACGGAGGAGCAGUGCUGGAGCCUCAGCGUAGCGAGAACAGCAGUGACAGGAAUGAGGAGCUGCUGCUUCACAACAGACUGGAGGUCAAAGGUCCUGUAGCUGAGGGUGUGGAUUUGAAGGAGUGCUAUGGACAGCUGCACCAACUCCACCAGGCUACAAUCCAGCUGAGGAGGAGCCUGGUCACAGCCCUGGGUGACCUCGGCAACACAGUCAAAUACACAGACCCAAUCAACGGAGCCCCCUCUCACCCUCAGGCAGAACCUAACAGCAGCUUCCACCAAUUGGAAGAUGCAGACUCAAUGAAUGUUGAGAUGAAAGAUGCUGAGGCAGGGUCAUCAGUCGGACCACUGAGAGUGGUCAGCAGAACCGACAGUGAGGUUGCCAUGAAUGUUGUUGUUGAUGGCAACAUGCAGAUUGAGCUUUUAGGUAGGGCCUCAAAGAGUGUUGAGGGGAUAGAUGGACAGAGCCUAUGUAAUGGUUGUUUGAGUGGGAAAGGCUCCCAGAAGAGGCCACAGGAGCAGGUCUUAGGUUCAGAUUCAGCAGACCAGCAACAGCCUGGAACCAGUUGGUCCUCCAGUGAAACAGUAUGCCUAGUCAAGGUGCAAGAUGACUUGAAUCUGUCACCUGUGCCUCAAGGGUCCUGUGGGUCUCAGUCACAGCCACAACCCCAGUCUCACCCAGACCCUCCACUAGCACCACCCCUACAUAUCCACCAGGGUAUUGCACACAGGGCCAGCCACGUGGUGCUAGAGGACAGAGGGCUGGAGAGGAAGUUCCAGAACCACCAGUUGCUCAGAGGCUUGGGACAGUUUGCUCUGUCCAACGGACGAAGGGUCCGGGUUAGGUUUAGACCCAAAAUGGAGGACAAGGCAGUGGAUACGUCAGACCUGGAACAGGAGGACGACCCCAUGGGCCUGGGGGAGAUCGACCUGAUCACCGCAGCCCUCCUCUUCUGCCUGGAGGAGUCUCGCAAGUGCCGCAGGAUCUCUGAAACGACCUAUGUAGACGGCUUCCACGUUGACUUCGGCACGCAGACCUUCACUUUCCCAGCGGCCAUCUUGGUGACCAGCACAAGGGUGGGCGACGUAGCGUCUGCGGCUGCCUGCGACCACGCGCCCCAACUAUCCUACCCUAGCCCCUUCCGCACCCUCCGCCUGGACCUGGUUCUAGAGGAGGUUCCACAGAUCCGGAACAUGCCAUGUAAUCGGCUCCAGCAAAUGUUCUCCUUCGUUUGUGGCCAGCUGUUCCGCAGGGAUGAGUACUCCUCCCACUUCAAGAACGUCCACGAAGACAUCCACGCAGGCCUCAACGGUUGGAUGGAGCACCGCUGUCCCCUGGCUUACUACGGCUGCAACUACUCCCAGCGCAGGUUCUGCCCCUCAUCCCAGGGUUCAAAGGUCAUCCAUGACCGGAACCUUCGGUCAUUUGGGGUGCAGCCAAGCCCCGUUGGGGGGGAACCGUUGGGCGAGUCCCAAUCAGACCAGUUCAGUGGGCUUCCCUUUGAGGUGCUGGAACAUGUGGCCCGCUUCCUGGACGGCUUCAGCCUGUGCCAGCUGUCCGUGGUGUCGCGGACCAUGAGGGACGUGUGUGCUAGCCUGCUGCAGUCCCGGGGGAUAGUGGAACUACGGUGGGAGAGGAGGCAGUACCCAAACGGAACCUUCUCAUGGCAGAUCAAAGACAGGGUGUGGAGAUUCAGCACUGCCUUCAGCCCCGUUAGUGAGUGGCGGUUCGCCGAAGUCUCCAGCAUGUCCGACCACCUGAGGACGUGCCGCUACAACACCGUCGAGCGCAAGAUGGAGGCCGUUCCACUGCCGUCCAUGUGCACAGCCAGAGACAGAUCCCUCCUCUCCGUCUUGAAACUCCAGGAGCAACACAUGACCUAACCUCUGUUAGCUACACUGUGUAAUUUAAUACCGUAGGUUUUGAUGUUACAUGUAUUUUUUAUAUUGAAAAAGAAUGUGGGAGAAUCUCAAUUGCUUACUACUCGUGUCCUCUCCUCGCCUUCUCAAAACCCAUUGGAGGAAAAGGUCAGAGAGGAGGAACCUCUGGCUUUCUCAUCCAAUGGGUUUUGAGGAGGAGAGGACGUCAGCAGUAUGCAAUUGAGAUUCUCCCUGUGUCCCGUGUUGUAUGACGGUUGAAGAGCCUUAAUGUAUGAAAUAAUACUUGAUCUGCUUGACACACGGUUACAGUAGGUUUCUUGACCUGCAGUGUAUCCAUACUAGAUGUAAAUUAGUACUAUUUAACAAUUUAACUUGCAUGGUUUGGUGGUGUUUAAAUCGUGCCCCUAUUUUGGUAACAUGAUUUUCUUGGAUAAAUACUGACUAUACAUAGAAAGAAAUAUAAAUAUUUUCACUGUCUUGCCUUUCAGCAAGUUAUUUUCCAUAUAGCACUUUAAUGAAAUGUGCAAGUCCCUGGUCACUCUUACACCAAUGUACCAAAAGCAUCCUCAUUUUAAUGAAUAUGGCGGGAUCAGUAUGUGAUAUGUGCAAACUGGACUUGAAGGACCAGUGGGUUGGACCAGAAAGUGACCACAACAUACAAAACAAAGAAAGAGAAGUCAUGCGUGGUCACAUGGAGCUGUCCCAACAAUGCAUGUGAUUUUGUUGCUGUUUAAUAAAAUGAAUCUUCAAUAACA